AUUAUAAUCUUGUGAUUUGUACUGAGGGUAUUUUUUUCUCAAAAAAGUCGUCUGAUUUAUUUAUUAUUUAAAAAGGCACUAAAUGAGAAGACGGAGACGUGCCAUUGAAUUUUGACAUUGAAAGUAUGUAUAAAGGGGUUGCUAAGGUAAAAUACUCUGUAAACAGUACAAUACUUAAAUAUCAAAUGUUAUAUCUGGACAUGAGCAGGUGAAAUGUAGAAAAGGGGAUAUUAUUCAUACAGUAGGUUUAUUCUUUUUUAUGCAUGUCGCAGCUAGGUGGUAACAGGUCUAUAGCCCACAGGAAAUGUGUGCCAUAGAGGUGGUGCCUGUACGUGACAGACGGGAACACCACUGCAAUAGCCUGGUCCAUUUUGACUGACAACUUUAAUAUAAAAUGAAAAACAUUUGGUUGGCAGGAGGUUUAGGGGGACACCGGAGGACACAUGUUUCUCACAGGCCAUCCACUGUUUAUUUGCGUAUGACCAGCAGGUGUGACACUGAUGCCACUGUAGUCAGUCUGCAUGUCACACAUUCUGGUAGAAUACAUUAUUGGAUUGUCUUUGUUUUGUAUGAAACCACAGACAGGGAAAGUAGCUGCCGAGAAGAGCUUUACAUAUCCCACUUCAUUUGCCAUGGGUUUGUCUACAUCACGCUUGGUUUACACUGGCACUAUAUAUAUAUCGGCCACUAAGGCUGAAUUUAGUCUCGCAAGAGUGACUUUGCCAGGUAAGUGGAGGGAAAUACUUUUUCUGUCUGAUUAUGGUUAUUUAUGGACAGGCAACUGUCCUGUUCAUACAAUUAACAACUAAAAGCAGAUGUUCCAAUAAAUCAGUUUGAUGAUUAAUCUGUGUGUUCUCCAAACAUGUGAUACUGAAGAAUCGGCUUUAAUCGGACGACUGUAGAAAGAUAAAGAUUUAUCUCUUGCCAUCAUGACACCAAAGUGGCUCCCUUCGUCAGUCAACCUGGUCAUGCUUCUCAUUCUUAUGCCAGCUGUGUGCAGUGCCAUCCAGGUGAACUGCUCUCAGCCGAACCAACCAGCCCUGCUGGAAGCUCUGAGGCCAUUGUUUAACCUGAGCUCCAUACGACCCGUCAUGAACAUGACAACCUACACUAACGUCAGUACAUACUUCACCAUGUAUGGGAUACUAGGAGUGGAUGAAAAGGCUCAACUCUUGCUCACUUUCCUUUGGCUUAAUUAUUGGUGGAUGAACGAGUUUGUCAGCUGGGACCCAAUCCAGUGCGGCACUGACAAGAUUUCUCUUCCCAGAACCCUGUUUUGGGUGCCAGAUAUUGUUAUCAAUGAAUUUAUGGAUGAAAACACAGCCCCCCAUGUCCCAUAUGUGUACCUGUAUAGCAGUGGUAUGGUGCACGAUGCUCUACCAGUCAAAGUUGUCAGCUCUUGUAACCUCGAUAUCUAUACCUUCCCCUUCGAUAUACAGAACUGCACUAUGACUUUCAACUCCUAUCUCCACGUUGCGCAUGACAUACAGAUUUCCCUGGGGAGGAGGGCAAAUAUGAUAACAGAGCUCUCCAAGAAGGUGAUGACCACCAUGGGGGAGUGGGAGCUGCUGGAAAUCACCUCCUUCAAAGACAGCGGACAAUCUGAUAAUAAUGACAUUGAUAAGCUUAUAUUUCAUGUGUUAGUGAGGCGCCGGGCCACUCUCUAUGUGGUGAACCUCCUGAUCCCCAGCUGCUUCCUCAUCACAGUGGACCUCUUCAGUUUCCUGCUGCCUCCCCAGAAUGUGGACCGUUCCUCCUUCAAGAUGACACUGAUCUUGGGCUACACUGUCUUCCUGCUCAUCAUGAACGACCUGCUGCCCAUCACCGGAAACACCAUACCUCUAAUAAAUGUGUUCUUCUCUCUCUGCUUGGCUCUAAUGGUGGCCAGUCUACUGGAGACUAUCCUCAUCACCAACCUGCUGUGUGGCUCUGCUGACUUCUCUCCAGUCCCCACCUGGAUUCAAGUGCUUGUUCUCCAAAUUCUGGGCCGUCUUGUUUGCCUGCAUCUGAAGACUAAAGGACCAAGAGAUUCAGAUAUGAAACCCAAUGCUGUGGUGGCACAGCAAAAACCUGAUGAUGAGUUUGCAGAGGAGAUGGGGCUGGUGGUGGAGGACAAGGCCCUUCAGGAGCUGAAGAGCCUUCGCAAGAACCUCCAGGCCAUCCGCCUCCAGGUGGAGCAGCAGCUGAGUGGAAGCAAGGGCUCAGAGGAGUGGAUCCAGUGCUGCCCGCUGAAAAUCAAGCCUGCUAAGAUUCUAUUCAUCUUCGUCUCUCUUCUCACGCAUGCUUCCUGCAGUUCCGUCAUGCUGAACUGCUCUCGACCUGACCCGCCUUCCCUGCUGGAGGCUCUCCAACCUGUCUUGAACCUCAGCAACAUUCGACCUGUCAUGUACUUGUCAACCCCCACCAUUGUCAGCCUUGACUUUACCCUUUAUGGCAUUUUGGGGGUGGAUGAAAAGGCCCAACUCCUGAAAACAUAUAUAUGGCAGAAUUUAAAAUGGAAGAAUGAGUUUGUCAAGUGGGACCCAGAACAGUGCGGUUCUUCAUGGAUUACAAUUCCAAGGAAACUGCUCUGGGUACCAGAUAUUGUCAUAAAUGAAUUCAUGGAGAAGAACUCAGCUCCAUUCGUCCCAUACAGUUAUCUGUAUUCUGACGGCUUGGUGAGUGAUGAUCAGCCCGUCAAAGUGAUCAGCUCCUGCAACCUCGACAUCUACAAGUUUCCAUUUGACAUCCAGACCUGUAGUUUAAGCUUCAACUCCUACUUACACCGUGUGAGGUCUUUGCAGAUAGACCUCUCAUCAACUGUAGGGGAUAUAUUAAAAUACUCUAAAGAAGUGAUGACAACUAUGGGUGAGUGGGAACUAAUUGGACUCACAUCGAAGACAUACAUACUGCAAGCUGCUUCGGAUGGAGAAAUGUACCAAGAGAUGCUCUUCUUUGUGUCAGUGAGGCGCCGGGCCACCCUCUAUGUGGUGAACCUGCUGAUCCCCAGCUGCUUCCUCAUCACAGUGGACCUCUUCAGCUUCCUGCUGCCUCCUCAGAAUGUGGACCGGUCCUUGUUCAAGAUUACCCUCAUCCUGGGCUACACCGUCUUCCUGCUCAUCAUGAACGACCUGCUGCCUGUCACUGGAAACACCAUACCUCUCAUAAAUGUGUUCCUGUGUAUGUGCCUGGCUCUGAUGGUGGCUAGUCUACUGGAGACUAUCAUCAUCACAAACCUGCUUUGUGGCUCCCUUCACUACUCUCCAGUCCCUCAUUGGGUCAGAGUGUUUGUUAUUCACAUCCUGGGCCGCCUGGUACGGCUUCCUCCCAAGCCCAGAGAUCGAGAGGACACAGUCAUCCAAAAUCCUGCCGCACAAGAAAUGAAAGUCUCUUCUAUGGUGGCAGAGGACAGCGAGGUUUCACAACAGAAAGGACCGCUGGAUAAUGACAAAUCGACGCAGGAGCUGAGGAGCCUGGCCAGCGAUCUCAAGGCCCUCUCCCUUCGGGUAAAGCAAUGGCUGGGUAAAAGCCAGAGCUCGGAGGAGUGGAUCCAGGUGGGAUUCAUCAUAGACCGCCUGCUGUUCGGCCUCUACAUCCUCUUCAUAUCAGUCAGCUUCAUUACCAUCAUCGUUAUCUGGAUGCAGUCACACAACACGUCCUGAUUUUACUUUAGAGUUUGUUUGUCUUUUCCUAUUUGGGUCCAUUUUCUCAAUUACUAUUUAUUAACAUGCUUUCUCAUAGUCAUUGUCAAUUACUACUACCAAGCAUACAGUUGAUUAAUUUUAAAGUAAUUUUGUUACAAUACACCUCUCCACUGUUUAACAGGCCUCGUUUCCCAAAGCAUAUUAAGAAUAGAAUGAUUGGGAAAAACAUGUUUUACCUCUUCAGCCCGGUGUUUCCAAAAAGCAUCUUAACUGAAAACACUUUUGAUGACACUGAUGGUCAUAGUUCAGCAAGUGUCUCGUAUCAAAUCCCAGGAGUGGAAAACACCCUUAACUUAUUGGGAAACAGGGCCUGAUCUAUAAGAAAAUAUAUUCUAAACAUAAACUGUUUCAGUUCCUUCUUUGCAUUUCAUUUUCAUAUUAACAUGUAUUGUUACACCUCAACUGUGUCUGCCAUUGUAGAAAAACAUAAAUUUUGAAAAUAAAAUAAAGUUCUUACAGUUGUGAAAAAGUGAAUUAAAUAAACAUGGUUACGGUAAAACAGGUUAAUCCCAACAAUCCCUAAUUACGCUAAAAUAAACAAGUUAAUAUAAUUGAAGAGCAGAGUAACUAUUCACACUGAAAAGUGUAAAAACUGCAGAUUAGAAUGUAAAUAUAUGCUGGGGAGAAUCUGAUGCAUUACCUAUGUUUCCCCCUGCACAAAAUAAAGUUUUCCAAUAUAAUUGAUAUAGUUUUCUUUUGACCCUUUUGUAUUGUGUGUGAUGCAUACUUUGAGAAACUCUAACUUUCAAAUGUAUUGGUAAGAAGAUAUAACCUAACUGAAAAGCAAAUUAAUUUUCAUGUAUUUCAUUUUUAGUUUUUUCAUUCAAUAUUCAUACAGCAAUAAGCAAGAGGAAAUCUACUGAAAACUACAUUAUAGUAGCUGUUUAUAGUGUAAGAAAAUUGGUUGUUUAUUUGAUCUGUGAUUCUGAAAUGCUUCAAACGGACCCGGAAUAUUUAAAAAGUCAUGUAUUCCCUUUCAAAAUCAACAGCCAACAAAUUGUUCUGAGUCACAGAAUUAUAAAACAGCAUGAAUUAAAAUAAGCGUGUGGUUCAACACAACAGCACUGGA